ACCGCUGUUCUCCUGAAGUGUACCAAUCAGCGAGCGACAUCGCACUCGGCUCCCUACAGCCUUAUUGGUCGGUCAGCCUUUUAGCACAGGAAGUACAUGGGUGUGUUUCCGGAAGGAGGGUCUUAAACUGCAACGACGAACUUCCCUGAAGACACCGACGGUGUUGGCACAUAAACAGGAUGGAGCUACGGCCGUUUUUCAUGUGCUUUGCUCUCUGUGUGGUUUACGCCACCAGUAAGCCAACUGAGAAGAAGGACCGUGUUCAUCACGAUGAGCCUCUCAGCAACAAGGAGCAUGAUGAUGGCGAGAGCUUUGACUAUGACCAUGAAGCCUUUCUGGGAGAAGAGGAGGCCAAGACCUUUGACCAGCUCACACCAGAGGAGAGCAAGGAGAGGCUUGGCAUGUUGGUUGAACGCAUCGACGAGGAUAAGGACGGCUAUGUGACCGCAGAGGAGAUGAAGAAGUGGAUCAAACACGCUCAGAAGCGCUGGAUCUACGACGAUGUGGAGCGGCAGUGGAAGACUCACGACCUCAACGGGGAUAACUUUGUGUCGUGGGAGGAAUACAAGAACGUCACAUAUGGAUACAUCCUUGACGAUCCAGAUGCCGAUGAUGGCAUCAGCUACAGGCAGAUGAUGGCUCGCGAUGAGAGAAGAUUUAAAAUGGCCGACGAGGACAAUGACCUGAAAGCCAACAAGGAGGAGUUCACAGCCUUCCUUCACCCCGAGGAGUAUGACAACAUGAAAGACAUCGUCGUGCUGGAAACUAUGGAAGACAUCGAUAAGAAUGGAGAUGGUUUAAUUGAUCUGAACGAGUACAUAGGUGACAUGUACAACCAGGAGGGAGAUGGUUCAGAGCCAGAGUGGGUGAAGACAGAGAGAGAGCAGUUUAGUGAGUUUAGAGACAAAAACAAGGACGGGAAAAUGGACAAGGAGGAGACCAGAGACUGGAUCCUGCCAAAUGACUAUGACCACGCCGAGGCAGAGGCCAAACAUCUGCUCUAUGAGUCUGAUGCAGACAAAGACGGCCGUCUGACCAAGGCAGAAAUCGUGGACAAGUACGACCUGUUCGUGGGCAGCCAGGCCACCGACUUUGGAGAGGCUCUGACUCGACAUGACGAGUUCUAACAUCCUCCUGCUUCCAGAGACUUUGUGUGCUCAUCGUGCGUGUGUCACCUUUCAAAAACACACAAGAUGGGCUCCUCUAAAUCCAACGCCUCGGACAAUAAUUUAUUUUGAAUGUCUCCCAUUGUACUCUCGCUCAUAUUUGACGUCAUAUAUACAUGCUUGCGCCGUGUCCUCACGUGUCACACUGGGACAUAUUGCUUUAUCAUCCCAGCCUUGGCCAGUCACCUGUGUUAGAUUUCUCUUUUUGUUUGGUUUGGAAUCACAUUUUUAUAUGAAACAAAACCCUCAAGAAAACAGUACUGGACUGUGAAGAAAUUAGAAUUUGUCCUAUUCAUCUUUCAAAUCAAGCAAUCGGGCCAGAAACUUAAACAUGCUAGUUACUGAUUUCUUUGGUUUUCGUGUUUUCGAUCAUUUAUUAUGUAGUUUAGAAUAGUUUGUAACCAGGUGAGAAUAUGAGAUUCCAGUAAAAAAAAUUAAGACAUUUUGCACUAGUGCAAUACAGAAUCAUUCGCUGGGACCUUGCUGUGUUUGCUUCACUGGUCCCCGCUGCGUCCAUGUUGACACAAGCUGUGGGUUGUGCUAAGAUUUAGCUGAAGGAAUGGAGGAAUAAUAUUCUGGGAGUAACAGGACCCUCUUUACACCUGGCUUUAAAAUGUGUUUUCUGUGAUCGGAUUGCAUUCAGAUAGUGCCUGACCACUUCUAAGUACAGUUGUGAAUACACCUGAGAACGUAAGCAGUGGCAAAUGUUGAUAUGGCAGCUUACAUGACCAUGAUCAGAUAGCAAUCAGAUUUUGAUGUGGACGCCGUAGACGCACGUGGAUACCAGGUGUAAGAGCGAUCUGAUGAAUCUGAUCACAGAAACACGUUCCAACGUCAGGUGUAAAGGGAUCCGCAGAUGCUUCGUCGUCAAAGCUGCCUCCUCCCUUCCUUCUCAUCACCUCAACAGUGUGUGUGUGUGUGUGUGUGUGUGUGUGCGCGCACGUGAAUCUAUGUGUGUACAUAGUAUUCUUAUUAAUGACUGAAUCCUCUUGUUUUGAGUUGACUUUGUUUCAGCUGAACUAAAAAGUUGUUUGUGCCAAGUAAGAAAAAAAAAAUCUUUGUACACAGUUUAAAAGAAGAGAGCUUCUUCCCUCCUCCCCUCCCACAAAUAUAUUUGUUAAUGGUUACAUUAUCACUACCAUUCACCAACAUUUAUAACCACUGUUGAUAAUUUUUAUGCUAUAAUGUAUAUGACAAUGUUUUUUUACAGGCUCACUGCAGCCACAAGCCUUUCACGUGUGACUUUAUUGUAAAUAAGUUGUUGCUGUGCAAACGGAGCACUCUAACAAGCAGGUCCAGUCUUUGUGAUUGAGAAGAACCUCAAUAAAAAGAAAUACAGUUGGAACUGUA